GCCUUCUCCUCCCCGGGAGCGGCUGGCUUCGUCGGAAGGCGGAGCCCUGACGCGGCUUCUCAAGUCCCAGCAAAAGGGACGACGGGGCGGCCUAGGCCCGCCGAGCCGCUCUCGCCCGCAUGGACCAGAACCGGGCGCCGUAUUGGUUCCGCCGCAGGAGAUCUCCGCCACGCGCGCAGCCCCGCCGUUUAGACACUGAAUAUAGCCUGGCCAGCAACAAUAGACAUCAUUCAUCGUAUUUGGACCCUUGGAUUGUGAGUCUUCUGUUGGAGUACAAAGAAUCCGUGAUCAAAACAGAUGGACAGCUUGGACAUGUCCUGAAGGUUUUGAAUGAACCAAGGGUUUACCAAGAUGCUGAACCAGAAACAAUUCUACAUAUUGGAGAUGGACUUCACUAUAUUGAAGUGGUGGUUGCGGGCAAAGCUGCUAAAAUGUCAAAACAAUCUAUGGCUCAGAAUGGAUUGUCUGGUAUUAUUGGCCAGUUCAUCGUCUUGCAGAAUUAUAGAGUCAAUUUUAAAAGAGCAGCUGAAAUGGAAGAUUGUCGAUUUUACCUCACCCUUGAGUGUUUCCAGGUCAUGUCCAUGAAGAGAGAGGGGAAGAGUCUGCAAAAUUGCAAUCGGGAGCUGUCAGUCAUACAAAAGAUAAAGGACCUAUGGCAGAAAGGUUUUGCGACGCAGAUGUGGUUCAACUCAGGACAAAAAUCGCAGUCGGUUUCCCAAGUAUUGAUAGAUGUAAACUAUGAUCAGCUGAACAUUUUGAAGCAAAACGCUAAGGAUUGUCUCAACUUAUCAGGCACCAGCAAACUGUUGGAUUCUGAGCAACUGGCCGUGUAUCCUGACACUAAAUGGCAACUGGAACGGAAGCAAAAUAAGAUGCACCAAGAUAUCUUCACAGUUCCAGCUGAAUACCUGGUGAUCAGUGCAGAAAAUGAGGCAGCACUUUCCCAGUCCUACAUAGCAAAUACCCUUCAAGCUGUUCCUGAAGAAGCUGAAAACAUUCAAGAAGAUGACCGUAGUACUGUAUCCUUUUUCAGUGCAGAUUCUGCAAGUUUGGAUGGUUCGUUAGAAAAUCCCUGGGAUGCGGUUCCUGGAAUAACCUUGAGCACCUCCAGUGAUGCUUCUGGCACAUCCCAUGGCCUUCCCCAGAUGCAGCAAAUGCUUUUGGCCAGUCCUGCUGAAGAAACAAACCCAGACUCCAACACUUGCAUCUCACAUUUCCUGGAGCCUUGUGAUAAUACGCCUCGCCGUCGCUCCGAGCGCACUGCACCGCGGAAGUUUCCGUCGCUUUUUCAUUUUCAGAACCGUGAAUUUCUCAUCGAAACGGCCAAUCAGAAACCGGACCUGGUGACGUCAACCACAUCAGGCCAGGCCAGCGAACUUGCAGACAGCCUCCCUUGUGGCCAGCCAUUAAAUAAAUCCUACCUUCAGAGUUCUGGGUUUCCUUUUUCUCCUGUUCGUCAUUCCAACGAGGGCGACUUCUCCUCGGAGCCGGUGUCUGAAAAUAGGAAGGAUUGUCCAUCCCUUGCCCAUGGAGAUAAAGGGAUGACAGAUAGAUGGAAAUACUUUGAAGCUGAGAAAUACAUGUCAGCUCAAAGGAAACGGGUGCCAAAUGAAGGGGAACCUUCUGAGGCUUCUACUCCAACUUGUAGUAGUAGUAGUCUGGAAGCUGUAGGGCACUGCUCUACUGAGACCGUUACAAAAACUAGUACUCCAAAUAAGAGACGUGUAAAUCGGUACCUUCCUUUAAAAUUGUCAAGCACCCCCAAGAAAAGGCGGUUAGAGGAGAUUCGGGAUGAGCAGCCACAGGUGUUUGAGCGUUGCAGUUGCGCAGAGAGACAGCUGGAAGAAAGAAGCAAGCAGGAACCAAUGGGAAUCGUCACCAGGAAAUCAAAGCGAAUUCAACAAAAGGAGAAUGCAAAAGGAGACGGUUUUCACUUUAUACGCAGCCCACCUACACCAGAGCUCUGCACUCAAGUGCAGUCUGUAAGGAUCUCAAGAGCAUUACUGGGAUGGGCACGCUGGGUUUUCAGCAACGCAGAGAAGCAAUAAACUUCCCAAAGAUUCCUUGAUCUCAGGUUGAAUUACCCUCGAUGCUUUCGUUACGGUUUAAACUGUUUGGUUUUUUUAUAUAUAUAUAUUCUGUUUUUCUGAAGAUAGAUAUGUUGUUCCAAUUUCACUAUACAGAAAAGAAAGGAACCCAUCACCUUUUUUAAUCGUAAGGUUGUUUGGAUGUCUCGAGCAAAGAUUCGCUUUGAUUUUUGAUAACAAAGAUGUGCCACCUGCUUCUUUUAAGAAUGACAGAAUGACAAUGCCAUAAGACAUAAUGCACCUAUUUAUAUAAACUGUAAGUGGGACUCAGCUAUAAAUGCAAACCUGUUUGUAUGCUUUUGUUUCAUAACUUGUUAAAAUAAACUGGCAACCAGGUAAAGAGUUAUUUUUAAGUACAGGGAAGCUAGUUUUUUUUUUUUUUUUUACAGUUGGUUGUAAAUACAAUGCAAAGAAUUUUAGUCUUUAAAAGUUGACAUAUGGAAACUACAAUUCCUAAGCUAGUGUGCCCUGACAUACAAAACCUGUAAUUUUAUCUGCAACGAGGGAUUUGCAGGCAUUUUAAGGAGUGUAUCCAUUUUUGAAGUUAGAGAGGAUGUGUAGCCUACGUGCCUUUAAGCUGAACCGUUUUUCUCCCUUAAGAGACUUACACUUUAGACCCUAACAUGCUUUCAUAGUUCAGAAUUGUAUUAAAAACUUCCUUUGUCUGUUCUCAGUCUACUAUCAGUUUCAUUAGAUAACUAUGCAGGAAAGCAAUACUAAGUUUGUAGAGCAUUUCAGGAGACAGAUAUAUGCUAUGUGUCAUUAAGUAACUUGAGUGUGGCAUCGAGAAAGACCAUAUGGAAGAAGGUAAAACAUUCAUUACGUUAAUAGAAAUACAUCUAGUGAAAUGCUACACAAAUUAAACAUUUCUUGCUGUAAGUGAUGGUUUCCACAGCUGUAUAUAUUUGUAAAAAAAAAAAAAGCCAUAAAAGUAGUAAACAAUUGUAUGCCAACAUCCAUAUGAAUUAAAAUGCUUAUUUUUAA